UUUGGGUACUCCAGUCUUGGGGUACAUUUGAAUGGGUUUCUGUGUGUGUAUAUGUGGAAGAGUUUACAGGAGGACAGAGUAAAGUGUCUCGGAGCCUGAGGAGAAGGGGAAGAGCUCAGUGUCCAGGGGAGAGCAACCUGCACCAAAGGAUUUCUGACUGACAGCAUUCUCACUGUGAUUACCUCCAGACACUUUCAAGAUCUGAGAAUCGGCUGGACUGUGCGUGCAGUCUAAAUGACGAAGUGGAACUUGUUCAAGCAUCAGACAACGCCCAUGGUCGCUGCUAAGCCAACGGGGGCCAGUGCCUUGACUGUGACUCCAGCCUCUGUCGCAUUAGUCUCUGCUGACAACUCCACCGAACCAGUCAACAAGAACGAUGCCUUCGACGAGAUCAAAAACAAGUUCCUGAAUGAGAUCGACAAGAUCCCACUGCCGUCCUGGGCCAUCAUUGCCAUUGCCGUGGUCGCUGCUUUACUCAUUCUAACAUGCUGCUUCUGCAUCAUCAAGAAAUGCUGUUGCAAGAAGAAGAAGAACAAGAAGGGCAAGAAGGGGAAGGGGGACAUGGGAAUGAAGAACCUGAAAGGGGGAGAGAAACAACAGGAUGAUGAUGAUGAAGAAGAUGACGUUGAGCCUGGACUGACUGGAGACGAGAAAGAGGAAGAAGUGAAGGAGAAAGAAAAGCUCGGGAAGCUGCAGUACUCCAUUGAUUAUGACUUCCAGGAGAACAAGCUGACUGUGGGAAUCUUGCAAGCAGCUGAUCUCCUCUCCAUGGACAGCGGUGGCACCUCUGACCCCUACGUCAAGGUCUUCGUCCUCCCUGACAAGAAGAAGAAGUUUGACACAAAGGUUCACAAGAAAACGCUCAAUCCUGUCUUCAAUGAGACCUUUACCUUCAAGAUUCCAUUCCAAGAGAUGGGAGGGAAGACUCUGGUGAUGUCAGUCUAUGACUUUGAUCGCUUCUCUAAACAUGAUGUCAUUGGUGAAAUUAAAAUACCCAUGAACACCCUUGACCUGGCAAAGCCAAUUGAGGAGUGGAGAGACCUGGACAGCGCAGAUCAAGAAGAGCCGGAGAAGCUGGGUGACAUUUGCAUCUCGCUGCGUUACGUUCCCACUGCUGGCAAACUCACCAUCUGUAUUCUGGAGGCCAAGAACCUGAAGAAAAUGGACGUGGGUGGACUGUCAGAUCCCUAUGUGAAGAUUAACCUGCUGCAGAAUGGAAAGAGGCUGAAGAAGAAGAAGACGACAGUGAAGAAGAACACUUUGAAUCCUUACUACAAUGAGUCCUUCAGCUUUGAGAUUCCUCUUGAGCAAAUGCAGAAAAUCGUAGCUGUGAUCACAGUGCUGGAUUAUGACAAGAUUGGCAAGAACGACGCCAUCGGGAAGAUCUUGGUGGGAAGCAAGUCCACAGGGGCCGGGCUGAAACACUGGUCCGACAUGCUAGCCAACCCCCGUCGCCCCAUCGCCCAGUGGCAUCCACUGCAGCCAGAGGAGGAGGUGGAUGCCGCCCUCGCAGCCCUGAAUGCCAAGAAGUAAACUCCCACCAGAACACAUUGUCCUCCACUUCCACCUACCCAUACAUUUCCCAUCAUUUCCCCAGCUCCCACAUAUCAGUGUAUAUUCCAGAAGAACACCGCCCCAGCCCUCCCUACCCCCACCACCCCCUUUCCUCUCCCACCGCCACCUUUCAAAAGAUCCAUAAAUAACCAUUUGACAUGAUGGGAAAUAUAGUUUAGAAAAGCAUCAUGUUAUAUUAAAUCAUGUCAUUGAAAAAAGAAGACAAGUUACAGGAUGGACAGAUACUCCGUUGAUUUCCUUUAGAUCUAUUUUUGUAUUGGGGUUGUGGUUCCAUUAUUAAGAAUACAGAGUAGACUAUGAAGAACAGUAAGAGUGCUAUGUGGGAACAUGGUGAUAGAGGGGAUAAAACAUACAUUCACUCAUAUUGUACUUCUCACCCCUUCCCUUUAGUGACACAGUUUGCUUAGAAUAGUGCUUAAUAAUAAAAUGCUUUAUACUGCCAUAUGAUAGAGAAAUAACACAAGCAGGUCCAUUCCUUAGGUGUAUUGUGCACCAUGUUCCACACCUGCCAGUUAUCAUACCAGAUGAUUCUGUUUGUUUAAAGUACAUUCCUAGAGUUGGGUAGCAAGUAGGGAUAGGCACAUAUCCAGUUACCCACAAACACACUGCCUUUUUGAUUAGUUAACCUUCCACCCAUCGUCUCAGGAAAACUGAGAGGAAACUGAAACUCCAUGCCUUUUUUUCUAAACGGGUUGUUCUUAUUCAAAUACUCCACUCGAUGAGAAAGAAAUGUUGGAUUCAAAAGCUUGACCGCUUGUUUUUUUCAGUGAUGUAAGGCUUACGACUAGUGUUAGUUUAUCCAUGAAAUGGUACGCUGGGAGAUGGAGGGAGUGAAGGAUUUUCAGUAAAAAAAAAAAAGGGUAUUUAUUUACAAGGUGUCGAUUACUGCCUGCAGUUUACCACCUCCCCUCCCAACGCCUCUGAUUCUCUAUCUCACUUGUUCAGUGCUACUGCCAUUAGUCAUGGACUUGACACAAGGGUUUUACUUCAAAGGAAUCCCUAUAACCGUCUUACAGUCAUAAAGGAGACAAGCCUUCCAAGUAACAAAAUAAGCAAUUUUCAACUACCAGGGACGCCUUUCAGUUAGCGGUGUUGUUCUCUUCAUUUCUUCCUUUCUUUCUUUUCUUUUUUCAGUUUCAUUUUAGUUAACCUCAAACACUUUUAUUCCUCGAGCACUUUAAAUCCAAAUGUUGCAUCUAAGUACCCUUAGAAACAAGAGCUUUAAUUAUUUAUGUUAGGAAUAAUUAUUUAUGUGAUUAUUGCUGGGUU